UGCUGAGAUUGGCGGAGGCGGUCAUGUGGGCGGUCACGUGCUGCGGCGAGCUCCGUCCAAAAGAAAAUGGGGUUUGGUGUAAAUCUGGGGGUGUAAUGUUAUCAUAUAUCACGCUACCUCGUAAAACCGACACUGAAAGCUGCCGGACAACAAAUCACAGGUCAAAAUUAUGAGUUCUUCGUAUUAUGUGAAUGCGCUUUUUAGCAAAUAUACGGCGGGGGCUUCUCUGUUCCAAAAUGCCGAGCCGACUUCUUGCUCCUUUGCGCCCAACUCGCAGAGAAGCGGCUACGGGGCGGGCGCCGGCGCCUUCGCUUCCACCGUACCGGGCUUGUACAAUGUCAACAGCCCCCUCUAUCAGAGCCCCUUCGCGUCCGGGUACGGCCUGGGCGCCGACGCCUACGGCAACCUGCCCUGCGCCUCCUACGACCAAAACAUCCCCGGGCUCUGCAGUGACCUCGCCAAAGGCGCUUGCGACAAGGCGGACGAAGGCGCGCUGCACGGCCCGGCCGAGGCCAAUUUCCGCAUCUACCCCUGGAUGCGGUCUUCAGGGCCCGACAGGAAGCGGGGCCGCCAGACCUACACGCGCUACCAGACGCUGGAGCUGGAGAAGGAGUUCCACUUCAACCGCUACCUGACGCGGCGCCGCCGCAUCGAGAUCGCCCACGCGCUCUGCCUCACCGAGCGCCAGAUCAAGAUCUGGUUCCAGAACCGCCGCAUGAAGUGGAAGAAAGAGCAUAAGGAUGAGGGUCCGGCCGCAGCCCCCGAGGGCGCCGUGCCCGCCGCCGCCGCCGCCGCCGCCGCCGCCGCCAAGGCUGACAAGGCCGAUGAUGAGGACGAAGACGAAGAAGAUGACGACGAAGAGGAGGAGGAAUGAGGGGCCAAGUCGGGGCCCUGGCUGCACCAGACAGUCGGGAAAAGCGUCUUUAGAGACUCAUUGAUUUUAUUUACAAAAGUGGAAAAAAUAAAAAGAAAACGUUAAAAAAAAAAACAAAAAACAACCCAGUCCCCAACCUGCACCCAUCUGCCCCAUUACCCACUCCAGCUCCCAUCUUUUCUGGACCGAGCAGCCGCCUAGACUGGGUCCCCUUGGGGAUCUCUCUGCCCCCAAGGAUCCCCAGCAGACACCCUCCCUAACCCCAGUCCGACCAGCUCUGCGCUGGCACGGCGAAAAUACUACCUAGCACAGGCCUCGGCCAGAGGCACCCCAAACUACCUAUGGGCCCAGCCCCGGUAGGCCUCCACUCCCAGGAAGCCCAGACGUGUCCCAACACUGGCAGACACCCAGCAUCUCCUCCAUACCGGCAAGGACCUGAUUUUCUCAGUACUACCUACUCCUCCCAAACUACCUAUUUUGUGCUCACUGGCUCGCCUGCUACCUAGUGCCGGCCCCUUCCCCCGUCAGGCCCCUCCUGCUUCUGCCUGGCAGCCUUUGGGGUCCC